GUAGUUGUAAAGCGAAACAGUGGUUAGGAGAGUUGGUGACCGUAGUUCUGUAUCUCUGGCGAGUUCUUCUCUCAAAUCUACAGCACCCUCCAACAUCACUCACGGGAAAUUCAUAUCAAGGGAGGGAGGAUGGUGAAGAUUGGUAAAUUCUAAGAAUACGUUGAGAUGUCAGCGCUUUUCAAUUUCCACUCAUUUCUAACUGUGAUACUUCUGGGGAUAUGUGCCUGCACUUAUUUCAAGAUGCAGUUUCCGGCGAUCCUAGACCAGAAAACUGGAUUUCGUGGUUUCUUCUGGAAGGCGGCAAGAAUAGGUGAACGGUUAAGCCCGUGGGUAGCUGUGGGUUGCUUUAUGAUGGGUGUUUCAACAAUCUUCUUCUAAGGUUUUUUUACUCAAUAGGGCGUCCAUUUUAUUAGGGGUCUACCGCAGUUUUAUGCACAAAUUGCAGAUCUACGAAGUGAGAGUUUGUACUUACGAUCUCAUCGGAGUCCUUGACACAAUUUGUUCCACCAAUUGUUAAUUAUUUUUUUCUUUCUUGUUGAAAUUAGGUGGAGUUUUUGCCAUUAAUCCCCACAGUAACCUCACUACAUGAAGUUCAAAUUGCUACUUAUGAUGGGGGAUCGUGCUAAUGUCGAUAGCUUUGUCCAGAUUUUAUGAAUAUGAUGUUUUCGAA